CAUUGAAAAGUAUGCGGUUCUCUGCAAAAAAAUCGAGCCCCAAUGUCCCCUGCUUGUCAACACGAGUCAGCUGAUCGGCAGGCGGCGGCGCGGCGUCCAGAAGAAAGGGAGCGAAAAAAGACUGAAAAAUAAGAGACAACUAAUCCACAUAGAAGAGAGGAAGAAAGAAGGAGAGAGACCUAACAAGCGUUCAAAAGCGGAACAGGUCUAAAGAAGGAGAAGAAGUCCAGACCCGUCCGCCUGUAUUCUCACUUAAGAUGUCAUAACUUCAGCUUAUCGUAAUAUUAGACUUGAAAAAUAGAAUUAAACGUUAUAGAAGAAAUAGUUAGAAAAGUCAUGAAGUGCACAGUCACAGAGAGCCAGGUCUGGAGGUGACGGGUGCAUGGCUGCGGCGGCCACGAGUCGGCGGCCUGUGUGCCUCUCCUGCCUCACACACACCAAGUCACUCUUCAAGAAGAGUGAUGGAGACUUCAUUAAGCUUCUGGACUGUCCUUCCUGCGGCCAGACGGUGGACCACUAUGUGGAGUGUGAGAAAAGCAUCAUCUUCAUGGACAUGCUGCUCCAGGACAUUGCCGUCUACCGUCACAUCUUAUUUAAUGCUGACAACUUUGCUCCUCAGUUCUAUAUGAAGCUUGCAGUGUCCCUUUUGCUGAGUGAAGGCUACAUUCGGUGGACCAACAUAACCCACAACCUCGGCCCAGAAGCAGGAAUCAAGGACAAUGAAGUCUAUUUGUAUAUCAUGUGCUUUUUGACAGCUGUUGAAAUCGGCAUCUUUGGAGCAGUAAUUAUAUUGUACUCCGGAAUAAAGUUUCAUCACAAAAUUCAGCUAAGACCACUGUAUAAUGGGCUGCUGCUUGGUCAGUAUGGAAGGUUAGCCAAUGUGGCAGCCAUCAUCUGGUACCAAGGCUCUGGCCUUAUAUUCCAGGCCUUUGUGCUGGUCUUUGUCAUCAUAUCCAGUAUACAAAGUACACGAGCUGCUUUGAACAUUGGGAGAUGUGAAAGCAGCCUCUUGGUCAUCACAGCCACCCUCAUCAGUGUGUCUUCCUCAUACAUUCUCCAGCCACUCCUUAUCAACAUGUAUGAAUCUUUUUAAGUACAAUCUAUGUUUUUUUUACUGGGAUUGAAAUUUGUGAAAGUAAAAUAUUGCAUUUUACAGUAUAUGUUUAUUAAGCCUGUUGGUAGAAAUAAGCUAGUCAUUGCAGCCUCAUUCAGUUUGUAUUUAGUCACUAUAGUAAAUUCUUAAAACUCUACUCUCACAUGGAACUAGAAUGAGAGCUGUGGGCAGUGUUUAAUAGGAUGAGCUUUGGGUGGUGCUGCUCAGCUGAUAAGCAUAAUUAGAGACGAUGAUGUGUUGGUGUGGUGGUUGGGUGGCAGCGGUUGAGUCUCAUUUAGACGGGGCAAGGAGAGUCAAAUGUACAAACAAGUAACUUGCCACGUGUAGACGUAUGCCAAGAAUUUUUUGGCAAGUCAAGCAGGAGGCAAGCUGCUGGGCAAAGCCAGCAUUUCUAUCUUAAGGUAACCUAAUUCAACCCUUGGCCAUCACUGGCAAGCUACUUACCACUUGCUUGGCCUGUGUAAACAUGUACUACAUGGUUGUAUUCCUCAUUAGCACAGUUGCAGGACAGGCAUUGUAUAGAAAAACAAACACACUUUGCUCAUUGCAAUUUGUUGUAUCUAAUACUUUCAGAAGUGCCUGCAAGGUGGUUUGAGUGUAUAUGCCAAACAUAGCACAAACUGGGAGGCUGCUUGCUCAAAUCAUUUGCUAUAUGUAUGCAACGCUUGCCAUAAUUACUUACCUUUCAAAAAUGAACAGGCUUCUUGCACACUUGACUUGCCUCUCUACUUACCUUGUGUAAACGAACCUUUGCCGUCCCCCUAACACAUCGUCUGUUUGUUUAUGGCUAUCAACCGAACAGCUGCUUACAGUUAUCAUUUUUUAUUACCUGUUUCAUAUUUAUUACUUGAUUUUUAUUGAAAGAAGCAUUCAUUAGUAAACAAAUUGCAGGGUAUUAAAUUCUUAAGCAUCUGAAGUUAAUAAAAUGAAAUGGCAGAGACUUUGUGGUGAGUACCCAAGAGUAAAGUGACCGACUAAAAUGAGAAACAUUACAAAAGACACAGUUUCCACAUGAAAGAGUGACACAUGGAGUGUCUCAAGGGUUAGUAUUGGUACUUGUGUUUAUUUUAUUUAUAUUAAUGAUAUACUGAUAGAAUGUAAUAGUAGUAUAAACCUAUAAAAGGAUCUAAAUUAACUACCACUGACUUAACCUUUAUUGUACUGAUAUACACAUACAGGCAGAAAAUAAACUGGAGCACUGAAA